CCCCCCGUCCCGACGGUCCCGGGAACUCUCUCCGAUGGCUCGGCCGCUGCACGAGGGCUGGUUCCAGGGCUGGUGGACCGCGGGACUCGGCUUGGCGGCGCUCGCCUCCUUCCCAGGCCUCUGGGCUCAGACGGUGCUUGUCAACGAUACAGUCUCGGGAUUCAUUGGGACCGACGUGAUCCUGCACUGCAGCUUCACCAACCCCAACCCAACCAAUGUGAAGAUCACACAAGUCACGUGGCAGAAGGCCACCAAUGGCUCCAAGCAGAACGUAGCCAUUUUCAACCCCAACAUGGGGGUCUCCGUCCUGCCCCCGUAUAAAGAGCGGGUGCUCUUCCAGAGCCCGUCCACCAAGGACGGCACCAUCCGCCUCUUGGACCUCGAGCUGGACGACGAAGGGGUCUACAUCUGUGAGUUUGCCACUUUCCCCAGCGGAAACCGGGAGAACCAACUCAAUCUCACCGUGUUUGCCAAGCCAGUGAACCGGAUGGAGGUCACCACACGACCCCUGAUUGCCAAGUCUGGCAUAACAGAGAAGAUCUUAGUGGCCACCUGCAUCUCCUCCAACGGAAGCCCCUGCUGCGGACGGGACACCAAGCUGAAAGGCCAGGCUGAAUUCCAGGAGAGAUCCGGCCACGCAACGCACCGCCACGUGAUCAGCCGGCACCGCCUGCUGCCCAGUCGGUGAGGUCCAUCGGCAGCCGCCGCGGCGGUCAACUACCAGGUGGAUCGUUUCACCGACAGCAUGACCCUCAAUGUGCUGUACGAGCCUGAAGUGAAAAUUGACGGGUUUGAUGGCAACUGGUACCUUAACCGGAAGGAUGUGAAGCUGACCUGCAUCUCAGAUGCCAACCCUCCAGCCACCCAGUACCAGUGGAGACUACUGAAUGGGUCGCUCCCCGAAAAUGUGGAGGUCCAGAACAGCACAUUGUUCUUCAAAGGCCCCGUCACCUACAGCCUGGCGGGGACGUACAUCUGUGAGGCCACCAACACGAUUGGCACCCGGUCCGGCCUGGUGGAAGUCAAUGUCACAGAAUUCCCUUACACCCCGUCUCCACCUGGCACAUCUGUGGCGCAGUCGAACAUCUCCACGGCCGUGAUUGGGGGCGUGGCGGGCGGAGUCUCGUUGGUCGUGGUGGUAGCCUUCGUGGUCUUUAUGGUGCUCCGGCACCGGCGUCACACCUUCAAGGGCGACUACAGCACCAAGAAGCACGUCUACGGCAACGGGUACAGCAAAGCGGGCAUCCCCCAGCACCACCCGCCCAUGGCACAAAACCUCCAGUAUCCCGACGACUCAGACGACGAGAAGAAGGCCGGCCCGCUCGGCGGCAACAGCUACGAGGACGAAGAGGAGGACGCUGCUGGAGGCGACCGGAAGUUGGUGGUCAGUCCCAACAAGUAUGACGACGACUCCAAGCGGCCUUACUUCACGGUGGACGAAGGUGAGGCCCACCCCGAGGCCUACGACGAGAGGACACUUGGUUUCCAGUAUGACCCCGAGCAACUGGACAUAGCCGACAACAUGGUCUCUCAGAACGACGGAUCUUUUAUUUCCAAAAAAGAGUGGUAUGUGUAGCUUGCUCCCACCCACCCUGUUUUUGCCCCCCUCUCACCUGCUGUGUGAUGCCUCCAAGGCACAGGGCUGCCACACGUGGCCCUGCAUGUUUUCACGCACACAAACAAACCCACGUGCUCGCGACAACGCUGGCCGGGGAGCCAGCAUGACAGAGACUCUUUUGACAGAACUGCCGCUGGUUCAAAGCCCGCCAGGAGCCAGCAAGGUGAGGGGGGGCCGGUUGCUUUGCUUCUUGGUUUUGUUUCGUUUUGUUUUGUGGGGAGGGGAAAGGGUUCUGUUUUUUCCCCUCUUUAAGUUUUCCGAGGGAUUUUUGUCCCCUAAAGUGUCGUUUGUAUUGAUCAGUGGCUUUGGUGUCAAUACUCUUUGCUUUAAUGACUACUGCCCUCGUUGUAAAGAAUCCCCCUGUCUCCAUCUUCUGUUUGUGUCUUAAGGUGUCUCUGUGUCGACCUUUGGUUUUUCCCUCCCCUUUGCCUCCCCCCCCAAAAAAACACUGGAUUUUGUAUGUUGUCUUAAAGUUGUGCGGGGGGGCGGGGGGGGAGCCAAAGGCGUACCAAUGAACUUUGGAGACAGAAAGCACAAAAGCACGGAGGGAGCGGAAAGACUGGCCGCUCCCAGCCAUGCUCCAUAUCUGUAUCUGUGAGCAUCCUUUGCCAUUUCCCACAAUGCACCUGCGGUAGGAGGGAGAGAAAAUAUCCCCCUGCCUUUUUAAAAACAAAAACAAAAAGCAUAACAAAUGACUUCCUCCUCCGAGGAACAGUGCAUGGCACCCAGGGAGGGCAAAUGUAGCAAUUUUCUUCCUGUGGUUUUUUUUUAAAUUAGCAUAUUUUAAAAUGGGGGGGGGGGUUGAGACCACUGUGAUGAGCAUGUCUGCUGAUGCGAUGGUUAUGCUUGGGAUUCCUUUGCGCUCCUUCGACAUUUGCUUUCCCCAUUUAUUGAGAAAUAAGCAGAGCCAGAUACGGUCCAGGCCCCCAGACGUUUAGUGCCCGAGCCGGUGGCUCCGUGUGUUAUCUCCUGCCCUCCCAUCCAGCUGCCUUCGGUACAAUCUCCACAGAUGUGGACAGCGUUCGGGCCGCUUCUUUUUGCACAGACACAUCCGUUACUUGAAAACCGGAGGGAACGGGAGCCCACGGCUUAGUGCAGUGAUGGCAGACCUUUUCGAGACCGAGUGCCCAAACGGCAACCCAUAGCCCACUUAUUUAUCGCAAAGUGCCAACACAGCAAUUUAACCUGCAUACUGA